AUGGCAGCAGCCUCCACGGACUCGGCGCAGGGCUCCUCGAAGAUCACCCCGGAGGUGCUGCAGGAGAUGCUGCAGCUCUACAACCUCAGCCGCCAGGAGUUCGUCAAGAUCUACAACAUCAAGCCGCUCGUCUACAUCCCCGAGUUGCCGUACAGCGCCAAGACCACCUUCGUGAUCAUGUACGUGGUGAUUUUCGUCCUGGCUCUGGCUGGGAACAGUUUGGUGAUCUACAUAGUUGUGAAGAAGCGCGCGAUCCAGACGGCGACGGAUAUCUUCAUCUGCUCCCUGGCAGUGAGCGACCUGCUCAUCACCUUCUUCUGCAUCCCCUUCACUCUGCUGCAGAACAUCUCCUCGGAGUGGUUCGGAGGAGUUCUUGUUUGCAAAACAGUUCCCUUUGUGCAGACGACAGCCAUCGUGACAGGCAUCCUCACAAUGACCUGCAUCGCCAUCGAGCGCUACCAGGGGAUCGUCUUCCCACUGAAGAUGAGGAGGCAGUACUCCUCCAGGAGAGCAUAUAAAAUGCUAGGGCUGGUGUGGGUCGCCUCCGUGGUGGUGGGCUCACCGAUGCUGUUUGUGCAGCAGCUCGAGGUGAAGUAUGACUUCUUGUACGAUCACUACCACGUGUGCUGCCAGGAGAGCUGGAGGUCUCAGACCCACCGGCAGGUCUACACCACCUUCAUCAUGGUGGCGCUCUUCGUGCUGCCUCUGGCCGCCAUGCUGUUCCUCUACACGCGCAUCGGCAUCGAGCUGUGGAUCCGCAAGCGGGUGGGCGACGCCUCGGUCCUCAACACCAUGAACCACAGGGAGAUCAGCAAGAUCUCCAGGAAAAAGAAAAGAGCUGUUAAAAUGAUGGUGACCAUCGUCCUGCUGUUUACCGUCUGCUGGGCUCCGUUCCACACGGUGCACAUGCUCUUCGAGUACUACGAGCUGGAGAAGAAAUAUGACGACGUGACCCUCAACAUGAUCCUGGCCAUCGUCCAGGCCAUCGGCUUCUUCAACAGCUUCAACAACCCCAUCGUCUACGCCUUCAUGAACGAGAACUUCAAGAAGAGCUGCGUCUCCACGCUGUCCCACUGCCUCCGCAAGCACGGCCAGCAGGUCGGCGUCAUGGCGGCGCCCAGGCUGAGCGUGCAGUUCGUCAAGCCCCAGAGCAGGGAGGCCGUCCCGAAGCCCGACGAGGGGGACAAGGCGGAGCCGCCCUCGGCGGAGAAGGGCGCCUCCAGCUCGUCGCGCGGGGAGAGCUCCCUGGAGGUGAUCGGGGAGAAAAUCUUCACCAUCCAGACGGAGCUGCCCGCAAACAGCUCCUCCCAGGUCAAAUGA